UUUAGUUCCACUUUGGAGUUGCAGACGUGCGCGUUACAAACUUGGCUAACAGCUAAAAGCACACUUUUUUUGGAGAGCCAACGAAAACGAACGAAACGCAAAACGAAAACGAAAAUGAAGUUGUCUAAGAAGUGCUCCACCUACUUGGUGAUAUGCCUGGUUUUGCUGGCCUGCUGCUUGGAGGAGACGGAGGCCACGCGACGCGUUAACCGCGGUCGUCGCACCCUCACCCGCCGAUACUUUAAUGGCCUCGCCAUACCCGGCUGGGCAUUGAUCAUCUGCGUGGCCCUUGCCGAGCUGAUUGUGGGCGGAGCUCUGUACUUUAUCAUGAAGAAGGUGAUUCUGGACAAGGAGCCAGAGGACACUGCGACCUCUUACACUCCAGCUGCCACCACCUACUCACCGGCUGCCGGCACCCCCGGCACCGCCGGCACCGCCGGCACCACCUACACCCCGGCCCAGACACACGAGACGGCCAAUGCCACACCCAGCCCACCCCCCACGCAUGCCACGACCAUUGCCUGAAGUAACAGCCGGAAGUAGUCCAUAGUCCACACUCCAUAGAGCACCAGUCAAUCCAAUUCAACUCAAUGCAAUUCAAGCCAUAAACUGGAGCAUUAUUGUCAUCAAAAAUCUGCAUGAAUCACACACAACACACACACAACUUGCUUAGGUUCUGUGCUGUGCUGUGCCCUUUUGAUUACCUUCAUUUGUU